UCAAUAGCAGCAAAGCUCUUAGAGAAGCAAUGUGCUUCAUGAUGGAUCCGGCUCUAGGAAGGAAAACUUGUUAUGUACAAUUUCCACGGAGAUUUGAUGGCAUUGACUUGCACGAUCGAUAUGCUAAUCGGAACAUAGUUUUCUUUGAUAUCAACAUGAAAGGUCUGGAUGGCAUUCAGGGUCCAGUUUACGUGGGAACAGGAUGCUGUUUCAAUAGGCAAGCUUUGUACGGAUACGAUCCUAUUUUGACUGAAGCUGAUCUGGAGCCAAACAUUGUUAUUAAGAGCUGCUGUGGUAGAAGGAAGAAAAAGAACAAGAGUUAUAUGGAUAGUCAAAGCCGUAUUAUGAAGAGAACAGAAUCUUCAGCUCCCAUCUUCAAUAUGGAAGACAUCGAAGAGGGUAUUGAAGGUUAUGAGGAUGAAAGGUCAGUGCUUAUGUCCCAGAGGAAAUUGGAGAAACGCUUUGGUCAGUCUCCUAUUUUCAUUGCAUCCACCUUUAUGACACAAGGUGGCAUACCACCUUCAACAAACCCAGCUUCUCUACUAAAGGAAGCUAUCCAUGUCAUCGGUUGUGGAUAUGAGGACAAAACUGAAUGGGGAAAAGAGAUUGGCUGGAUCUAUGGUUCAGUAACAGAGGAUACUCUGACUGGGUUUAAAAUGCAGCAAGGGGCUGGCAAUCAAUCUACUGCAUGCCACCACGACCUUGUUUCAAGGGUUCUGCACCAAUCAAUCUUUCCGAUCGUCUUAAUCAGGUGCUCCGUUGGGCUCUUGGGUCAGUGGAAAUUCUGCUUAGUAGACAUUGUCCUAUCUGGUAUGGUUACAAUGGACGAUUGAAGCUUUUGGAGAGGCUGGCUUACAUCAACACCAUUGUUUAUCCAAUCACAUCCAUCCCGCUUAUUGCCUAUUGCGUGCUUCCCGCUAUCUGCCUCCUUACCAAUAAAUUUAUCAUUCCUGAG